AUGGGCAACGUGAUGACAGCUAAUAACGGGAUGGGUACGCUAUGGGUAAGAUGUCCUUUGGCAGCAGCAAACAAGAUAACGAGAAGCAGGAGAAUAAAAAUAGGUUGGACGAUGGUACGAGUAGAAUUGUUACCAGAAAGACCUAUUCAGUGUUUCCGGUGCCUGGAGCCAGGACAUGUUCGUAACCAGUGCAGGAGCGAGAACGACAGGGCUAGGUCAUGCUAUAGAUGUGGGCAAAAUGGACACAUGGCCAGGGAAUGUAUGUUUCCGGUGCAUUGCAUAAUAUGUGCGGAAAGGAACGUGAGGGCAGAUCAUCGGAUGGGAGGUCCAGUUUGUAAACCUCCCAUUAAAAGGAGAGGAAAAAUAGUUGGAAACACUAGACCUGGAAACGAAUCAACAUCAAUACAGGAAACAAGCAACAGAAUGAAAGGUAUACUCAUGGAGGUUGAGACUCCAAUCAAUGAGGCAAACAUCACGAUAGACAGAGAAAGUAGAGAAAAUAGUGGUACAAGAUCUAUGGCGGCAUGCAGCGUAAGGGACAACGUACAGACGAUAGAGGAAGUAUUCCGGAUGGAGACGGAUAUAGAUACAAUGACACAAGACCCUGUGAACGUACAACCAUCACAAGAAAAAUUUGUGUGGCCAGCAGGAGAACGCGAUUGGUCUGGAGAAGGAAUUAUAAAGGAAACACAGGAAGAAAAAGGAGAGGGAGGAAUCUCCAGAAAAGACAGUGCUACUAUGAUAGAAGGAGAUUUCUCUCUGGCAGUAGUUUCUGAACCAUACACUAUUCCCACAGGAAACAAUUACUGGACGGCAAACGAUAGGGAAUCGGUGGCAAUAGUGUGGAGACCAAAAAGUAAUGCACUUCCAUGUACUCCGAAGGCGAAAGGUAACCAUUUUGUUUCCGUGAGAUGGGGAGAUAUGAUGGUGAUAGGCACAUAUUUACCUCCUAGUAUAAAUAAAAGGGAGUAUAAAGAUGCGUUAAAUGAAAUAGAAGGAUGGAUAAUACAAGUUCGGGGAAAACCUUAUAUCAUCGCUGGGGAUUUUAAUGCAAAAGCCAAAAUGUGGCAAUCCCCCAUUACGAACAAUCGUGGAAUGAUAGUAACGGAGUGGCUAGAAGAGUUAGUAAGUGGACGGUUUCGGAAAGGGAAUCCAAGUCUGACCACAGAUAUAUCGAGAUAUGGAUGGAACAAUAAGAUGCAAAGGAUAAAAAGUAGACUACCGCGAUCUAAACGCUGGGCAAUCAAGAAAAUUGACGAGGAUUUAUUUACGGCGGCAAUUAUUGCAGGAUCUUGGCCACGAAGAGAAAUAAUUGAGGAAGAAGACAUGGAAACACAGGCCAGAACCAUGCAAAAAAUGAUGAUACAAGCAUGUGAUGCGGCCAUGCCUAGAUCAGAGCCGAGACAGAGAAAAGCCAUGCCUUGGUGGACUGAUGAGCUUGCCCAGCUAAGAUCUGAGUUCACGGCAGCUAAAAGACGCAUUAGGAGACUCAGAAGAAAUCGUGUACGGCUACUAGACGAUUUUCAAAUACAGAUGAGAUUAGGAGAACCAUAUAAAACGGUAUUGGGGAAAUUAAGAAGAUGGACCCCUCCAUUUUCUGAGUCACUAGAAGAGGAUACGUUGAGUCGAGUAUUGGAUGGAUUAUUCCCGCCGCCGAUCGCUACUGCUAUUAAAUGGAGAGAGCCGGAACUUCCAUUGCAAGGAGCGAACGCUUGGAAGGAGGAAUUUCAGGUUAAACAAGAAGAAAUACAUUAUGCGGUAAAACGCAUGAUGAUGAAGAACAUAGCUCCAGGUCCUAGUGGGAUUCCGGCCAAGGCGUGGGCAUUGGCGACAACAUCAGUUAUGACUGUAGAAAUUAGGAGACUGUUUACUGAAUGUCUAAAAAAAGGACAGUUUCCAGAUACUUGGAAAAAUGCAAAAUUAGUGUUGCUAAGAAAGCCUGGUAAACCAGACAAUCAGGCUGCCGGUUAUAGACCUAUAUGCCUAUUAGAUGAGAAAGCCAAAUUAUUCGAGAGAAUAAUUACGGAACGGAUCGUGGAUCACCUAAACGAUAAGGGUCCUAAUCUCAGCAAAAGACAAUUCGGUUUCAGAAAGGGAAAGUCUACUAUGGAUGCAAUUGCUAUGGUAAGGGAAUACAUGGAAAGAGCACACGAAGAUAAUAAGGUGGUGAUUGGGGUAUCAUUGGAUAUCCAAAAUGCCUUUAACUCUUUACCAUGGGAAACAAUCGAAGUAGCCUUACAAAAACAUAGGGUACCACUAUAUUUAAGAAGGGUAAUACGGAGUUAUUUGGAUAAUAGGAGCCUAUCAUUCCCCAAAAAUAACGGCAUGGAAGGAAAAAGACAGGUCCAAAGAGGAGUUCCACAGGGCUCAAUACUAGGCCCUUUACUGUGGAACAUAGGAUUUAAUACAGUCAUGAAGGAAGAGGAUAUACUACGGGAAUGUGCGAUAAUAUGUUAUGCGGACGACACAAUGGUAAUGUCAUCUGGAGAUGAUUGGGAAGAAGCGACCUUGGGAGCGAACAUGGCAGUUGGAACCAUAAUUCAGAAGAUACAAGAAAUGGGACUCAACGUAGCACCGGCAAAGACAGAAAUAGUCGGCUUUCAUAACAAGGGAAGACUGGCUAAUACAUCUGUAAACGUGGCAGGUACACUAAUAAAAGUUGGAAAAAAGAUGAAGUACCUUGGGUUAAUUCUGGACAGUAGGUGGAACUUCAAGGCACACUUUGAGGAAUUGGCUCCCAAACUGGAACGGUCAGCCUAUUCACUUGGCAGGCUGUUGCCGAAUUUGGGGGGCCCAAGUUAUGGGGUUAGAAGGCUAUAUUCCUAG